AGUUAUCUUGUUGUUCUAGUUAGCUAGCAUGCUAGCUUGAGCAGCUCCUGGAUGUUUUGAGAACAACGAGCAUCAUUUGAAAUCACGUGUUUGGUUUUUCAUGGUGUGUCUGAACAAGCGUCCUGGAUAAGACACUGUGUCCGUCCCGAUCCUCCGGGUCUGAACUCCUGCGUCGCUCAACCUGUGUGUGUCCGCGGGCUCAUGCUAACGGCUAACGGGUAAGCUAGCUGGUCAGCUGACUCCCUCACGUGACAGCCUCCGGUUCAGCCGCUGUUUCCCGGUGCUGCGGAGAGAUUAACUUCAGGAGCCCGGUUGUUCGCGGCGGACCGCGUCAUGUCCCCGGUAGUUCACAGGUCUCUCGGGCCAGAGGAGGAUUCCUGAGCCACCGGCAGAUAACGAUGCUAAACGCCCAGUGAGUCCGUCCAGAGAGCCGCAGCCGCCGACGUGGUUCACUCCAGAAGAGUUUUUUUCGUCUUCACUUCCUCAAACAGUUUUCAAAAUGAGUCCCGAGGGGAAGAAGCUCCUGAACAUCAUCAUCCUGGGCUUCGGCUUCAUGUUCAUGUUCACUGCUUUUCAAACAUGUGGAAACAUAGAGCAAACGGUUCUGAAGAGCUUCAACAGCACCGAGUUCCACGGCAGCGGCUACACGAGCAUGGCCAUCAUCUAUGGAGUUUUCUCUGCGUCCAACCUCAUCGCUCCGUCAGUGGUGACCCUCAUCGGACCCCAGCUCUCCAUGUUCUUCAGUGGGCUCCUCUACAGCGGCUACAUAGCUAUGUUCAUCUACCCGUACACGUGGAGCUUCUACACAGCGUCUGUGCUGGUUGGAGUAGGAGCAGCAGUGCUCUGGACGGCGCAGGGAAACGUGCUCACCAUCAACUCCACUGACAACAACAUCGGGAGAAACAGCGGCAUAUUCUGGGCUCUGCUGCAGUGCAGCUUGUUCUUUGGAAACCUCUACAUCUACUUUGCCUGGCAUGGACACGUUCACAUCACAGACAAAGACCGGCAGACGGUCUUCAUCUCUCUGACCGUGAUCAGCCUGGUCGGCUGCUUCCUCUUCUUUCUGAUCCGGAGGCCGGACCCCGAGUCGUCUCCCUCCGAGGUGACGGAGUCGCUGCUGCAGGCCGAGUCCACAGAGAGCUCCACUGACACCUCACCUCACUCAGGCCUCUGCUCACAGGCGCUGGAUGCUUUCGUUCAAGCGUGUAAGAUCUUUGUCACCAAAGAGAUGCUGCUGCUGAGCUUCUCCAUCGGCUACACAGGCUUGGAGCUCACUUUUUACAGCGGGGUGUACGGGACGUGUAUCGGCGCCAUGACGAGGUUCGGCAAAGAUGCAAAGAGUCUGAUUGGCAUCUCUGGGAUUUUCAUCGGCAUAGGCGAGAUCUUGGGAGGGGGCGUGUUUGGCAUGCUGAACAAGAGGAACCGGUUUGGGAGGAACCCGGUGGUGCUGCUGGGACUCGUCACUCACUUUGUGGCUUUUUACCUGAUUUUCCUGAACAUUGCCAGCGACGCCCCGCUGGCCCCGGAGGAGGGCACCGACCUGCAGGCCUACAUCAGCCCGAGUGUUGCGGUGGCCAUGCUCUGCAGCUUCCUGCUGGGUUUGGGCGACAGCUGCUUCAACACGCAGCUGCUCAGCAUCAUCGGCGUCAUGUUCCGGGACAACAGUGCUCCGGCCUUCGCCGUCUUCAAGUUCAUCCAGUCCAUCAUGGCCGCUCUAGCCUUCUUCUACAGUAACUACCUGCUGCUGCACUGGCAGCUGCUCAUCCUGGUCCUGUCGGGUUUCCUGGGCUCGAUAUCGUUCUUCGUGGCCGAGGGGUGGGCCGAGUCCAGCCGGCGGGAAUCCGACUACGACAGCAUCUGAUCUGCUCCCGGUGAGGAUGAGGAGCAGGGCUCUGUGCAGCCGGGGGGGAGGAGGAAGGUGUCCUCACACAGACACUGUUUGGUUUUCAGAGCCUCUCAAUCGACUGGAAAACCAAACAUUCGUCUUGAGCCCAACAUUUAUCUGAACUGAAUCCUAAGACAGAGCGAUUGAGUGAACUCCAGAUGUUUCAUCAAGCUUCAUCCCUGGUUUUUCUUUUUGUGGACACAGUCUAAUAAUCAAUCCGGUGAAAUAUGAAAACACACUUGGUUUGUUUAUCUAGUAUCAGGCCUUUUAACUGAGGCCUGUUCAGGACUGACUGGUCCUGAGGAGUAACACUGGCUUUAUGAAGAAGCAGCUGCAGGUUUGACUGGUUUCCACCUGCAGCUGCGAUUCCUCUCGACUCCACACGCUGCUCAAAACACAUCAGAGAGCUUCACUGUUAAACUGGUGACAUCAUCACCACCAACACACACACACACACACACACAAACACAAUACCUGUGAGGUGUUUCUAAGAAUGUAAGCGUGAUGGAGAGCCGAGGUUAGUGCCCGUCUCUCGCCAAAGAAAGUGACCUUCCUGGAUUUGACCUUGUUUAUCCACAUCUGCUCCGUGGUUAUUUUCUCACCCUUCCACAUGAAUUCAUUAAAAACCUGCUUCUACUUCACCUUUUUCAGUUUGGUCCAUGUCCCAUCUGUUGACAUGGAGGAGGCAGGCUCACGACCUGCCGGGGGCGACUGAGAUACUUUGGAGCUGUCCUGUGUUCAUGGUGAUUUGGAGUCGGGUUGGACUGAGCUGGUUCUUUUAGUCACAUAUUGGUGUUUUUUCCUCUUUCAUGGGAUUUGAUAAAAGUUAAAAAUAGAAUAAUUCCUGAUCCUCACAUAAACGUGAUCCAGCUUUGAACGUCUGACACCAGAUUCUUCUUCCCUCUGAAGCUCCAGAGACACAAAGACUGAGAUUCAGUCCACGUGACUCAGCUCCCGUCACAAACUUCACAGCGUCAAUAGAACUUUAACGACGUGACACCUGACGAGCACUUUGAAGAGAAACACCCUCAACAACCUGAACCUUUGAAUCCUGUGAAUCCAGUUCCACCUUCACUCUGUUGUUUUGCUGAUUUUCCUGUUUGUCUGGUUCCUCAUCAGACACCGAGUGACCUCAGUGGUGAUGUGAUCCAGAUCGACUCUGUGUUCCAGGACACCUCUGGUAUCACAAGUGGAUGAGUCACUGAGUUCAGAUGAAAUCCACGAGGCUGUUUGGUUCCUGAACGACAGAAACAAACACGAAGCAUCUUCACUUUUAUCUGUAGGUUUUAUUUCACAUUGUCACAGAGCUGCUGCCGCGGCUGCAGAUUCACUCUUUUGAUUUCAAUCCCCCCCUCCAUCAUCCUCUCUCCCUCCACUCGGAUGCUGCACACGGGCGAGUCCACGUGUCGUCUUGUCUAAUGUUGUGGUGCAAAAAACAACAACUGAUGCUGUAGUUUUUUUGUUGUCUCUUUAAAGUGUCACUCUCUGAAUGACAGCACAUAUUUUUGGGGUAAUAGUCGAAUAAAACACGAGGCUUUGGGUUUGCACACGUUUGAUUUUAUGUCCCAAAUCAAAUCUCCAGGAUAUUAAGGGAACUGCAUGUGAACUUCGAAGAUGAUUUUAUACUUGAAUGUAAUAAUGACCCCCCCCCCAGCCUUCGCUUGCUUGUUUUUAUUAUCAAUAAAAUGUCAUUUAGAACAUAAA